AUGAAUUCUUUGAAAAACAAAGCUAGUUUAAUACAACGAUUCGAAUUGGUAUUUCGAUCUUAUAUUGAUAAAACAGAAGAUGUAACAACAAUCGAUGAUGAUAAACAAACAGAAAGUCGUAUAUCAACAAUAACCAAAUACGAAUAUAUUAAACUAAAUAAUAAACGAAGAGUAGCAACAACAACAAUAACAACAGAUGAUGAUGAACAAACAGAAGAUUUAUCAGUAACAAUUAAAAACAAAUAUAUUAAACCAAGUAAUCAACAAACAGUAACACCAUCAACAUUUGCUGAUGAUGCUGAGGAAGACGAUGAUCCUGUUACAAAAGAAAGAAAUCGGUAAGAAUAACAGAAUAACAUGUUUUCAGUAAUAAUGGUAUAUUACAUGUAACUAAAUGAUUUUCUACCUUAGGAUUCAUAAUUUCUUCUUGGGACCAAGUGAAGAAAAGUCAUGAGUCUAAACCUGAACAAUGAAACAUUUCAUUCCUACAAUGGCUACUUCAAAAUUUUUCUUUCAAUAAAAGAACUUCUUCAUCAUCAAGUGAACAAAAUUCAAAAAAGUUUUUUUUUUGUUAAUUCUUUUUCUUAUUUUUAUGUAAUUGUGAUAAUCUCUAAUAAAACAUAAUGAUUGAUAAAAAUAUACAAAUUUAACAAAAUAGAAAAUAAUUAGUUGUAAAAUUUGAUCCAACAUGAUUGGUAACAACAUCUAACAUUAUCCAAGUAUGAAGUUUAUUUGCUUCAUCCAUUAAACUUUCUCACUUCUAAAAUUGUCAUUUAAUUGAUAAAUGUAAUUUUGCCAACACCCAUGUCAACCAACCCCAGAGUUGUCAGAUCAAAAAUACAGAAAUCGGAUUUUUUCGAGUAAAAUUUGAAAAAAAUUUACGAAGAGUAAUUACAUAAAAUUUGAAUGCAUAAGUUGAGGCUUUCUAUCAUAAACAUACUUUUACUGUUUUACAUUUAUUCAUUUUUAUACGUAUUCGUCAAAAGUAAAGAAAACACAAUAGCUACUGCUUUUUAAAAGACAAUAGCAUGUAAGAAAAAUACAUCAUACGUAUUUCAAAUUCUGCAACCACUAGAUCAAUAAUCAUCCGAUUACGAUAAUGUAACCAUAAAUGUUUUAUGUUACUAAACAUUGAUUUAACAUAAACAUUGCUGCAUAGAAACUUUUAGACUAAAUUUAACAUUAUUACUCCGUUAUCGGUCUCCAAGUGCUAAGUAAGCCGAAUGAUUAAGGAAGAAUAAAGAUGGAGUAGAGCAACCACUAGUAACGAUUUUACUAAAAAAAGCUUGUUAACACAUCCCUUUCGAGACUGAAAUGUGGAACUCACAUGUUUCACAUAAUCAAAUGUCCGCGCCAGAAUUAAAGAUGGGUGGGUAUAAGCUCAAUAAGUCGACAACGGCAACAGCUAGCGACCUGCAGUUUUCAGCAAUCGAUAGAGGACUAAGGAGGACACAUGUUUAUAUAAAAACCAAGGAUCAAGCAAACAGACACAAUGGGUGUAAUUGUGGAAUCACUGAAAGAAUAGGCUCGUUAGUUGGUGAAAUCUGAGCAGAUCAAGCUGAAACUUUCAGUAU